AUGAAGCUUCGGCUAUGGACAGAUGGCCGUUACUUUUUGCAGGCAACACAGCAACUUAGUGACCAGUGGCAGCUUAUGCGAAUGGGGGAAGACCCUGCCAUAGAUGUCUGGAUGGCAGAUGUGAGUCACUGCUUCUCUCAGUUCAGCCAUUGGUAUCGACCCCCUUGGUGUAUAUCGGUAGACACCACACAGAAAUGGCAGCGUGCUUUUGUCAAGAAUCAACAGAAGUUGGUUCAAACUUCCACAAAUUUGGUAGAUGAAGUUUGGAAAAGUCAGCCAACUCAGGAGAUUAAUCCUGUAGUUAUUCAUCCUUUGGAAUUUGCUGGUCGUUCUGUAGCAGAUAAGUUGAAGGAUGUGAGAAAAAAGCUCGUCCAAGUGAAAGCUCAUAGUAUAAUCAUCUCAGCACUUGAUGAGGUUUGCUGGUUGUAUAAUAUUCGCGGGGCUGAUGCUGAUUACAGUCCAGUUGUUCAUGCCUUUGCCAUAGUUGCUCUGAACUCAGCUUUCUUCUAUGUGGACAAAAGGAAGGUUUCAUCUGAGGUAAACUCAUACUUGGAAAUGAACAGGAUUGAAGUACGGGACUAUAAAGCAGUGAGCGCAGAUGUCAGCUUGCUUGCAUCUAAUCAGAAGGUUCAAGGCAAGGGAACUGAAACUGCAUUAGCAGGAAAUGGUACAAUCAAAGCAGAAGAAAGUAAUAAUGACCUCAUAUGGGCUGACCUGGGUUAUUGCUGUUAUGCUUUGUAUUCAAAGCUAAAUCCUACAAGGUUCUCUUGCAGCAGUCAUCUUUGGUCCUAGCAAAAGCUCUAAUUCCCUCUAAAGAACCCAAUUGAGUUGGAAGUGUUAAAGAAUGCUCACAUUCGAGAUGGUACGGCUGUUGUGCAAUAUCAUGUCUGGUUGGAUAAACAGAUGCAGGAGAUGUAUGGAGCUUCUGGUUUUCUUUUUUGGGGGAGGAAACAGAUAAGAAAAAACAGUCGUAAGUUUGUUUUCUUGAUUGAAUUUCAUAUCUCUCACGAGGAGGUAGAUGUUAGUAAGAGAUUGAUAAGACAAGUUAAAACUUGCAAGUACUAAUUUUCAUUUUAACAAAAACACAUAACAUAUGUGGGGAUGAGGUGCCCCAUGCCGGGGCUUGGGACUAGCAACGCAGGUGGUAUUGAGCUCAGCUCCCAUGAAAUUCAGUUUGGAACUCCUGAAUCUAAUGUUAGUUGGGAACUUGGGAUUUCAUCAAGGAGCGAAGCAAUAGAGCAUGUGCUUUUCUUGUUUUAAUUGGGGUGGAAGCAGAGCACAUGUGCUUUUCAUUCGAGAAAAAUAAAGAUAAGCAUAAACCAGCAUGGCCACAGUGAGGAACUAUUCUUGGGGGGGGGGGGGGGUUCUGAUCUUUGAUUUGGAUCCUUUUCUAAUAGUGGAAUUGCAGGUGCGAAAGGGAGACUAGAAAUGGUCUCAAAAACAAAAGGAAAGAAAUAUACACAGUGUGCCUAGGGAAGUUUUGGGUGUGGCUAUCGUGCCAUGCGGUUUUGGUCUGGUGACCAAAUUUACCAUAACAUGUUCAACCUUGAGAAUGGCAGUGAGGGAUCAAUGGGGAGAAUGGCAGUGGGAUUGAGUGGUGGUGAUUGAGGAACGGAGAGAGGACCAUGAUUGUAAAUUUGUAAUAUAUAACAACAAAUGUGGUUUUGAGCUGAUAUCAUGAUUUGAAACAGAUAACAAUAGAGCAAAACAUUCAUUCCAUAAGAUGAUAAGCAAACACGAGACUAUCUGUUGCGAUUGACUAGCUAUUCAUUUUACUAUUUCUUGCAACGAGGAAGAGAUAGACCAUAUCCAAUGUAGACUAUCCGUUAUAUGCAAUAACAAUUGACCAUUUUGUAAUGUUGAAGGAUUAAUCAGAUCAUAUCCCUUUCACUGGUAAUUUAUUGCCAAGGCGUCUAUCAAAGCCUUUAUCUUCAAUUUCACUUCUCUGUUUUGUUAGCUAGUGACUCUUUCAGCUUAAAUUGAUACAUAUCGAAAGUGCAAAGAAGAUUAGGAUUUACGCAAUGGCCUUACGGUUUGGUGUAUGAAAAAAAUUGGGAUA